AUGUCUUUAGACUUAUCGAAGACUGCUUCACCGGCACCGGCCUCGGCGACAUUGUUCACACCAGAGUCAUCCUCACCAACGUCGUCUCCAACAGACAUCUCUCCAGCACUGACCAAAGCCUCAUCAAGCACAACUCUUUCAUCUCCGAGCAUCGAAUUUGUUGUCGCACAUUACAGUGAGAAACUGUACUGGCUCAAGGAUGUCAUCGCCUACUGCAAGAUUUACUCAAAAGGCGGCCCCAAGAACGCCCCUGACUUCGCAUUCGAGGAGCUCGACAACAACGGCCGCGAAGGACAAACCUACCUCUACUACAUCUGCAAGUACUACGAUGAGCUCAAGGACAUUACCGUCUUCACACAAGGCAAAGCUUUUGACCACACUGGCAUGACCGCCUUGGAGAUGAUGGACAACGCGCUCGGGACUAAGGUGGGCCAAAUCACUACCUUCGGCACCCAACGUGACCUGGAGCUGUUCGAUCUCUGGGAUGGAAUUCCUUGGAAGGAUUACCCAUGCUGGCAGAAGUGGCUGGGGAAGAACCUCGAGUUCAUAGGCAAGAAAGCUCCCCAGACGCCGGCCCAGUAUCUCAAAGAUUUCUUCGACAAUUACGGCCAUGCCGGACCGCCUAUGUCAGUCGGCUUUCAGCCCGGUGCAAUAUUUGCUGUGAGGCGUGAGACUAUUCAUCGACACCCAAAGAAGACCUACCAGAAGAUGCUGGCGGAUCUCUUUGAAGGAGAUAUGGUGCAUAAUGACCCUGAGACUGGUCAUUUCAUGGAACGGUUGUGGCUGGCGACCUUUUGCCCCGAAGAGUACUGCUGCUGGACUGAGGCCGAGGUGUCUAUGGUGGAACGCAAUCAGCAGGGACAGCUCGCAAAAGGCAGAUGGCAUAGGACUCCUCCCGGUGUUCAGGUGGACGAAGGACAUACUAAUCUGUCUGAUGAAGAGUAA